AUCAAAAUCAUGGUCGGGACUCGGAGUCCCAUGCCAUGUUCGUGUAUAGAAGACAAGAAGAGAGAUAACAUAAGAUAGAACUCCCAUUGAACCAAAAUGUUCCCUUUUGUCCGUUAUAGCCGUUACCUUUCCCGCUUCAAAACCCCACAUUUCCCAAGAUCCCAACAUUCCACACUUCCCUUCUCCACCACCACAGAAGAUUACAACAAACCUUCCCGACCCGAUCCGCCUCCGAUUCGAGUCGCACUCACUGAGUCAGCUGGUCGAGGCGUGUUUUCCACUAGGAAAAUCGGUGCUGGAGAUCUCAUACACACUGCAAAACCUAUUUUGGCUCAUCCUUCUCUUUCAACUAUUAACACUGUCUGUUAUUUUUGCCUCAAGAAGUUAACUUCGACGGAGUUUCACGGAAAAGGGGUUGCCUUUUGCAGUCAAGAGUGUAAAGAGAAAGCUAAGGUCUUUUAUGAAGUUGAGACGAAAGCAGAUUGGUUAGCUUUUGAUGACUAUUGUCGGAACAAAGGUCUAAAGUAUCCACUUCUUGUAAAGCGGUUGGCUUGCAUGGUUAUAUCAGGAGCUGCAUCUGCUGAAAGUCUUGACAUACUUCAACCAUCUAAUUUAUCUCAUGAGAUGGUUUUAGAGAUGGAAGAGGGCUAUGGCUUGCUGAAGAGUGGUUUUGCUAUGGCAAAUAUUUCAGAUGAACAGAUGGCUUUCCUCACCAAGGAAUGGUACAACAGCGUACUGGCACGAAUUCGCAUAAAUGCAUUUCGUAUUGAAUUGGCAGUAGGAUCAUAUGAGGAUCUUCUAUCAUCAGCUGCAGCCUGUAUAGAAGCUGAAGCUGCUGUCGGAAAUGCUGUGUACAUGCUUCCAUCCUUAUACAAUCAUGAUUGUGAUCCCAAUGCACACAUUGUAUGGAUAGACAAUGCAGAUGCACAGUUGAAGGCCCUUUGUGAUGUUGAGGCAGAUCUCCACUACUCAUGAAGGCUGUUAGCAUUAGGGCUGUAGCUACUGUGAAGUCAGGGAGAGAAGUUGCUUACAGUCCAAUGGUUUCAAUGGAUUUAAAAACUUUGUACAUUGGCGAAGAACAAGAGAGUUCUGACAGAUGCAGAUGAAUAGAGUUUCAAGUUUUGGGGAGCAAAAGGAAGAACGAGAGAGAUGGUAGGCUAGGGAGAGUGUUGGUGGCUGUUUUGCUAAGUGAAAUGGGGGAUAAUUUUGGGUUUAGGUUAACUGGUUAUUUAAUAUAUAUACCCCUCUUUUUUUUAGAGAUAUUAGGCUCUUUUUGUCUGGUCCAGUUUAAUGGUUUCAGUUUUUGAAACCAAAACCAAACCAAACCAAGUGGGUUUUAUGGUUUUUAAAUCAGUUUAGUCGGUUUUUCCUCUUGGUUCGAUGUUUUUGGUUAACUCAGUUUUCUCAGUUGAUCGGUUUUUGUUAACACCCCUAAUUAGCAUAGUUAAGCAUUACUGGUUUGCAAAAAUGGAUGCUUGAGAUGUAACUAGGAAGUCGAGAAAUCAUUUGACACCUUUGAGUUUAUGCGAAGUUUGUUUUGUGCAUCUAUUGUUUUGUCUCUACUACCCAAACGACUUUUGGUAGCUAGUCGUGUGCUUACAUUGAGCAGUUACACGACUGCAAUUUGUGGGUUGGGCUUGCCUGGUUGUAGGAAAAUCCGGCAAACCUUGUCAUGUGAACGCAAAAAUCACAAAUAGCUUCUGUUGGU